GUGGGGGGUGAAUAGCUGAGAAGCAGGGGGAAGAGAAGAGCGCACCGGGCCCUGAAAAUCAGCUUGGAAAAAGUCCCUACGGAACCUUUAUAUCUUCACUUCUGGACUUAUGUUACUUUGAGGUGUCCUAAAAUAAUCACCGGUGGGUCUGCUGAGAUGGAGCUCCAGGAUAAACACAGUGCUGAUGCUGACUCCAGCCAGGAGGAGGUAGAGUUCAAUUGGGAGGAGUAUCUGGAGGAAACUGGGAGUAUCGCAGCUCCCCAUAGCUUCUUCAAACAUGUUGAUACCUCUCUCCAGAAUGGCUUAGCUCCAGGGAUGAAAUUGGAGGUCCCACUUAGGACAGACCCACAGUUUUACUGGGUUGCCAGGAUCAUCACCACCUGUGGCAAAUUGCUGCUUCUGCGGUAUGCCGGCUGUGGGGAAGAUCGUUCUGCUGAUUUCUGGUGCGACAUUGUGACCUCUGAUCUUCACCCAAUCGGCUGGGCCCAGCAAAAUGGAAAGACCCUUAAACCUCCAGAUGGUGUCAAAGAGAAGCUGGACAAUUGGGAGGAAUUUCUUGAAAAGACCUUGACCGGCGCUUGCAGUGCCCCAGCUCACCUGCUAGAGGGCCCUCACCGAGGAAAGGAACCCAUGGAUUUGUUUGGCCCAGAUUCUAGGCUUGAGCUCCAGCAUUCUCAGGGUUCACUGGCCGCCUGGCCUGUUAGAAUUCUGGAGAAUAUUGGUGGGAGGCUCCGGCUGCAAUAUGAAGGAGCACCUGACCAUGCAAGUCUUCAUCUUUUUUACCUCCACCCAUUGCUUCAUCACAUAGGCUGGGCAGAACAGCAUGGUUAUGAGAUACGGCCUCCAGGAGCAAUAUCACACCUGAUGAGCGAUGGCGAAUGGAAAGAGAUUGUGGCUACCCAUGGGAAGGACAAUGGAGAUUGUGUACCUGCUGAAUUCUUCCAGGAGCAGCCGCUGAUCCCCACUCAUUCCUUCUCUGUCGGCAUGAAACUAGAGGCUGUGGACCCUACAGAUCCAUCUUAUAUUACUCCAGCCACAAUCACCAAGGUCUUUGAUGAACGUUAUUUCCUGGUUGAACUUGAUGACCUUCGUCCUGAAGGCUCCAGAACGUGUAGGAACAUGGUGUGUCACAAAAACAGCCAUGGCCUUCUCCCAGUUGGAUGGAGUCUCAAACUGGGGGUUUCAGUACACCCCCCACCUGGCUAUUCACAGGAGAAUUUUGACUGGGAUGUCUAUUUGUCCCAGGUUGAGGCUGAGGCUGCCCCUGAGAGCUGCUUCCCCGUGCCCCAAAGUACUCAAGUCUUCCAAGAACGAAUGAAGCUAGAAGCUGUCAACCCGUUCCAGCCUCAAGAUAUCUGUAUUGCUUCCAUCAACAGAGUUAACACCCCUUAUGUUUGGCUGCAAUUCGAAGGCACAAAGGCACCAGUUCCAGAAUGCAUUGUUCAUAUAGAGUCCAUGGAUAUUUUCCCAAUGGGAUGGUGUGAAAGCAACGGGCACUCGCUUUGUACCCCACCUCAUGCACAAGCAAAACCCCAAAAGAAGACGGUUGUCCCUCAGACUGAGAAGCAAAAUACAUCCGCCAAGACUGUUAACGGGCUGAACAAGACAGAUUCUACAACCUGCAACACCAACUCAAAUGGAAAAUACAUGUGCCCUAAAAUCUAUUUCAACCAUCGAUGUUUCUCUGGACCAUAUCUAAACAAAGGGAGGAUAGCAGAACUGCCAAAAUCUGUUGGACCAGGCAGCUGCGUGUUAGUCCUCAAAGAGGUCCUAUCCUUGCUCAUUAAUGCUGCCUACAAACCCAGUCGGGUAUUACGUGAACUGGAGCUUCAGGAGGAACCAUCUUGGCCCCAGCAUGCAGAGACUCUCAAAGCAAAAUAUAAAGGCAAGACGUACCGUGCCACUGUGGAGUUAGUGAGAACAUCAGACCGUGUACCAGAAUUUUGUAGGAAAACAUGCAUACGAUUAGAGUGCUGUCCCAACCUUUUUGGUCCACUGAUGGUGCUGGACACGUGCUCUGAAAACUGCUCUGUGUUGACCAAAACCAAGUACACUCAUUAUUACGGGAAGCGGCGUGGGCGAAAUCUUAGCAAUCCAGCCGGGAUACUGCGCAGCAUUGAAGCAGCACUGAAGAAGCCGGCUAAAAAGAGAAAGAGAAGAAAACAGUUCUUUGUGCACAAGAAGAAGCAUUCUUCUACUUCUGUGGAUAACACCCCUGCAGGCAGCCCACAGGGAAGUGGUGAUGAGGAGGAAGACGAUGGUGAAGAAGACUCUCCCAGCGAAGAGAGCAUUCAGCAAGAAGGAUCUGAAAUUUCUGGGAAGGGGUCUGGCUCCACGUCCCCUACACGGAGUGAGCACUCGUUUGCUGAAAAUGAAAAGAAAAGGAAACCUUGGAUUUCAGAUACUGACAAAAGGGUCAUCGCCAAGGAUAUCCGAAUUGAACUGACGGAGCCACUAACGCUUGACAGUAACCCCUUGGACUGGAGUGUCGAUGAUGUCAUGCAUUAUAUCAAAUCCACAGACUGUGCUCACCUUGCAAAGCUUUUCCAAGAGCAGGAAAUAGAUGGGAAGGCUCUGCUGUUGCUUACUCUGCCUGCCAUUCAGGACUGCAUGGAACUCAAGCUGGCCACUGCUAUUAAACUCUGCUACCACAUCGAAAGAGUCAAACUGGCUUUCUACCAGACUAUUUCUAGCUAACAGCGCCUGCUCAUAUCCCGCUGCAGGGUAAAUGCGAAUACAGCUUGUAGGCCCGACGCAGCCUAUCCAAGCCCUGCUAGCCCUAAGAGAUUUGCACUUUUUAUAACAUUGUCUUUAGGGGAAAUUCCGUCCAAUCCUUAGGAAGAUCAGAGAAAUCUGCACCCUAAACAUUUCCCUGCAACUCGAUUCGAAAAUGAUAUUACUUGUUAUAACAUACAACUUGAACCGUAGAAGUGAUUCACAGGGAACAGGUAUUGUCUAACUGGCUGAGGAUGAUGGGAAGUUUAGUCUGACAGCUGUAUGCUGCUGUUUGCUCAACAUAGUUAUAACUGUACCCACAAAUCUUACUUUAUGAAUAUUUAAGCUGCCACCAAGGCAGUGUGUGUAUAAAUUACAUACACACGUUAUUUAUUAAUGUAUACAGCUCUUUUAAAAAGAGAGAGAUUUGCUUUUGGUCUCGUUGGGUACUACUGGAAUGAAAAAAAUAGAUUUAGAGUAUUUUUAGUUUUUUGGAUGCCAGAUUUUAACUGGUUCAUUGUUGAGUUAAGCAUUAAAGCACGCUUGCUUGGGGCUUUUGAAGCCUCACACAUCUAAAGCCAAACUGUGAUUUGGAUCAUACUUUUGUUAUUUUUUUUAAAAAAAGACAAUUUUGUCGAUUUCAAUUUGUUUUUUUUUGUCUCUGAAGAAGCAACUUCUCAUCCUCCUUUUUUAAAAUUAAGGACAAUGGUUGCAGGGAUAAUUAAUAAGAAAAGUGCAUUUUGCUUUAUUUAUUUAUGGGUUAUUUAAAUAUCUUUAGGAAUAAACUAAAUGCUGAAACUGCAACUCUGAAAAGUGCUCACUUCUACCUGAAUAGUCAAAGGUGGUUCUCGGUACAUUUUCUAUUUUGUUUUCAAAGGGUUUGCUGUAAAUAUGUAUAAAAUAAAACAUAGAAUAGUUGCCGCAUUUGUUUGAUAAUUUAAUCAGACUGAAUUAAUAUCACCCUACCCUGUGUUUUUAAUAAAUUUGUAAUAUUUUA